GGAGGGAGGAUCAUGUUUAACCUGUAGAGAGAAAGGAUGCAGGCAGCAAAGCUGAAAAGAGCAUCAGUGAGCACAGAGCUUAACAUCAAAGAUAUGCAGGAAAAGAUCUUUAGUGUUUUGGCACUUUUUUCUUUAUUUACAAUAACGUGCUUCGCUGUGUUUUUAUUCCAUGGCAAAGACAGUGAUUUGAUGCUUCCUUCCAUUCGACAAUAUGUGGUAAAAAGAAACGGGACCUUUUUUGGAAAGAUUAUGAAGCAUGUUUGGCCAACUCGCCCCUCUAAAGUCAGCCAGAAAACAACAGCAACUUCAGCUAAACCUCUGGAGCUGUGCCCUGACACCCCUCCCAAGCUUGUAGGUCCACUUCUUGUUGAGUUUGAAACUAAACGGACUCUGGAGGACGUCAGAAACCAAGUUGGAUCAUUACUCCAGCAGGGAGGAAGGUUUAAACCAUCAAACUGCAUCGCAAGACAGAAGGUGGCAUUCAUCAUCCCAUUCCGAAAUCGUUUUGAACAUCUGAACCACUGGCUUUACUACGUCCAUCCCAUUCUGAUACGACAACAGCUGGACUACGGUGUGUAUGUCAUCAACCAGGAAGGAGACGGAGUGUUUAACCGGGCCAAACUGAUGAAUAUCGGAUUCGUUGAAGCACUGCAUGAAUACGAUUAUGAGUGUUUUGCCUUUGCUGAUGUAGACCUGGUACCCAUAGAUGACAGAAACCUAUACAGAUGUUCUGAUGAUCCAAGACAUUUAUCAGUGGCUAUAGACAAAUUUGAUUACAAAUUAUCAUCAAAAACCGCCUUUGGAGGGGUCUCCUUACUGUCCAAGGAGCAGUUCUUGAAAGUCAACGGCUUCUCAAACACUUUCUGGGGCUGGGGGGGUGAGGACGAUGAUCUCUACAACAGAAUCAUCCUUCGAGGAAUGUCCGUAUCUCGGCCAGAUUCUCAGAUUGCAAAGUACAAGAUGAUCAAGCAUCAAAGAGACGCACACAAUGAAGUAAACCCAAAGAAUGCCGUCAAAGCACAAGAAACACAAAAUCACAUUGAUACAGAUGGACUUAAUUCCCUUAAUUAUACGAUCAAUGAGAUCCAAAGGGAUGUAAUGUACACCUUUAUGACUGUGGAUGUUCAGGCUCCAGCAGGAUAAACAGAAGCACUGUCACUGGAGGUUUGACUUCAGUUUCAUACGUUUUAAGUAGGAAUGCUGGCGGUUAUCACAUUGUGUUGAUAGGUGGGUGUGUUCUAUUAAACGUUGUGUGAUCUUUGGGUUUAUGUCAAUCUUUGCUAUUUAGAAAAUGAAGCACUAACGUGUAUCUAAAGGUGUAAGGUAGCACAAGCUAAAUGCAUGAAGUUCAAUCCCACAAAGAGCAGAAAUACUUUUCACUAUACUGGUUGCCACAGCCAACAAGGACUUAUUUGACAUGAUCAGCACAUUAUUUGUGAAUCUUAUCACUUGAACACAGUCAAACUUUCAGUCAAACAAGUCGGUCCUGUUCCUAGCUUCCCUUUCCGUUUUUUUUUUCUAUUAAUAAAUAAUGUUUGAAUCUUUGGAGUGUGGUUUUGUACAUGAUAACUUUAGAACCUAGUAACAAUGCAAUGGUUUAUAAAUUAAAGCCAUUAAAUCCACUGAAGAUGUGCUUUCUUUUUACUACAAAUGUAUGCAUAAAAAUGGCAAAGGUUUUUCUGUAAAACAUGGGCCCAAAGACAGGAAAGUUCAGCAGUUAAGUUGUUACAAGAAAAGAAAACAUCAGUUAGCAAGACACUAAAUUAUACAUUAAAUUAAUAACAUCUAAGUUAAAGGAAAUCAGCAAAGACAUCAGGAAUAUAACUGUGGACCUCCACAAGGGGAUAUCCACUCAAUAUACCAUUCAGGAAGGAGAUGGGUUCUGUAUCCCAAGGAUUUACAUGUUUUGUUGUGAAAUUAAUCAAAACCCAAAAACUCUUGUUGUUUGUUUACUUUUUUUGUCACACAUGUUUUAGAUCAUUA